CAAGACAAACUAAAAUGAAUCGUAUGAUCCUAGUCCUUUCUGCUGUUAUCAGUGUUUCACUGGGUCAACAGAGCAAUCAAGCCGAACCAAUAGCUAUUGUUCGAUAUGAAAAUGAAGGAGUUAAUGCUGAUGGAUCAUACCAAUGGAACUUUGAAACUGCCAAUGGAAUAGUUGCCGAAGAGCAAGGUUCCAUUAAGGAAGUCGAGGAAGGACCAGGACCAGAUGUUCAAGGACAAGUGCAAUACACCGCUCCAGACGGUUCUCCAAUUUCUCUUUCUUACAUCGCUAAUGAAAACGGUUUCCAACCUCAAGGUAGCCAUUUACCCACACCUCCACCAAUUCCAGACGAAAUUUUGAAAUCUUUGGAAUACAAUGCAGCACAUCCUGAAGAAGACAAUGAAGAACAAAACAGAAUCCAGAGAAGGCAGGCAGCCGCUGCUGCUCAAUCUCAAAAAAAUAAUAACAGGUUCAGAUAUUGAGCAUCUUGAUGU